CUUUGCUAACAGCCAACGCAUCUCAGCUCAAGUAUCUGCUCACGGUAGGAGAAGCCCACGAGUUCUAUCACCUGCUCUUGACGCUCGUGGUUUUGUCGAUAUCACUACAGGUCUUCCAAGCCGUUAUGAUAAUUAUUCUGGCCAUUGUUCUCGAUAUCAACAAAGUUGAACAGCACAGAAAGUCGGACAUACUGAACAAUUUGCUUAUAAUAUUCACAGUUAUCAGUGUGGUGAUCAACGUCAUCAUCAGUGCAUUUGACAUGAAAACUCAAGGAGACUUGUUACGGAGUAAUUAGUGAAUAUAACUUCUACGAAAGUACAAAACAAAAUAUGUCUGUUCGGUGAGGUUCGAAGUAAAUUUGAAACAGGCGGAUUCCCGAUGAUUAACAGCUAUAUUUUUGCGGCGUCUUAGACCGUUCAUACCUUCUCAAUUAUAAGGAUGAAAGUUAAAUGAACAUUUAUCAUUUUAAUUAGUGGUUUAGUUGAGAGAACAUUAUGUUUACGAACAUGUUGAAAGAACCAGA